AUGGAUCGCGGAAGAAACAACGCUGGCCGUCGUCAUCCUAGACGUGACAACCGCCGUGGAGGUGGCGGCAGUCAUGACAACCCCAGAUCGGGCGGUGGUGGCGGCGGUCGUCGCCAGCAGCACCACCGGGACCAGGACCAAGACGAGGACCAGCGCGAGCAGAGAGCUCAGCCCGGCCCAUCUUCAGCAAUCCCCCAGGCUGCCACGCCGCCCCUUACUGAGGCCGUUCCCAAGGACACACCGAGGUUCGCCGAUAUGGUCGGCGUCCACCAGUCCCUCGUCCAGGCCAUCACCGAGGACCUCAAGUUCGACCACAUGAUGCCCGUCCAGGCCGCCACGCUCGAUGAGCUCCUCCCCCCCAAGCGCAGCGAUUGUCUGGUCCAGGCCAAGACGGGAACCGGCAAGACCAUCGCCUUCCUGCUUCCUGCCAUUCAGACUCUCCUCACGCAAAACCGCGGCCGCGGAGGUGGCAUCUCCCUCUUGGUCAUCUCACCGACUCGCGAGCUGGCUAUGCAGAUCGCCAAGGAGGCAGAGGGCCUCCUGCAGCGCCUUCCCCAGUACCGCGUCUGCAUCGCCAUUGGCGGUACGAACAAGGACCGCGAGGAGAAGCAGAUCCUUCAGGGCUGCAACAUCCUCAUCGCUACACCUGGCCGCCUCAUCGACCACAUGGCCAACGAGUACAUCCGGGACUCCUUCAGCAACCUUGACACCUUGGUUCUUGAUGAGGCCGACCGUCUGCUGGACAUGGGUUUCAUGCCCGCCCUGAGGGACAUUGUCCGCGCCCUGCCCGACAAGUCCAAGACGAACCGUCAGGGCAUGCUCUUCUCCGCCACCAUCGCCCCCCACGUUCAGCAAGUAGCAGGCCUCGUCCUCUCCCCGGGUUACAAGUUCAUCUCCACCAUUCCCGCCGGUGAGGCCAACACCCACGAGCGUGUUCCUCAGCACCUGAUCAAGGUUUCCAACUUUGCCUCAGUUGCGCCCGCCAUGGUCGGCGCCAUCCGCGAGGAGGCUGCUUUUGUUGGCCCCGAAACCUUCAAGGCCAUCGUCUUCGCCCCUACCGCCGCCCUCGCCGACUUUUACGGCGAUAUCCUCGCCAACAUUCCCGGCAUGCCGCCGGCCUCUGUCCUGCACUCCCGUAUCUCGCAAGGCAGGCGCACCAAGACGACGAACGACUACCGCGAUGCCAAGACUGGUGUCCUCGUCGCCACCGACGUUGUUGCCCGCGGCAUGGACUUUCCCGGCGUCACCUCCGUCUUCCAGGUCGGCAUUCCCGCAGACAAGGAGUCCUACAUCCACCGCCUGGGCCGCACAGCCCGCGCUGGCGCCGAGGGCCGCGGCAUCUUCAUCGUGACGGAGCUCGAGGACUUCUUCCCCCGCUGGCAGCUCAAGGAAAUCAUCUUUGAGCAGCGCGCAGCCGAGCUUUCCUCUGCGCAGCAGGUGUACAGCAUUGCAGAGCAGCGCAUCGAUGAGGCACAAAAGGCUAAGAUCUACCAAGCCUGGCUCGGUUACUACAAGAACUGGAUGAAGCAGCUCAAGUGGGAGAAGGAGGACCUCGUCGCGGAGGGCAACACCUUUGCCCGCGACGCGCUUGGCAGCCCUGAGACGCCGCCCAUUGGCAAGAGCACCGUCGGCAAGAUGGGCCUGCGAGGCACUCGAGGCCUGGUUGUCGUGCCUGAUAUGCCCAAGGGCCGUCACGGACGCGGGGGCGGUGGUGGUGGCGGCGGUGAGGGACGCAGUGCUGGUUCCGGUGGUCGCGGCAAUCGUGGAAGACGCGGAGGAAGAAAUUAA